GAGCAGAACAGAGCACCUCACCAACAAACAAACACAUAAUUCAAACUAUAACACCCACCCUCAAAUUACCCAUUCUUUCAACUCUUCUUCUUUAUUGGCUUUCUUGAAUUUUCAUAGUAUUCUUAGAACAUGCCAAUAAUGGAGAUGUUGCCGGAAGAUUGCCUUUCCACCAUUCUUUCCCUCACUUCCCCACUCGACGCCUUCCGUCUAUCAUCGGUAUCUUCCACCCUCCGCUCCGCCGCCGACUCCGACUCCGUCUGGGGCGGAUUCUUGCCGCCGGAUUAUAAAGAAAUCGUCGCAAAAUCUGUAACGGCGACCACGUUUUCGUCAAAUAAGGACCUCUUUGUCCGUCUCUGCAACUCCAUACUCAUAGAUGAUGGUAAAAAGAGCUUUGCACUAGAAAAGUCAAGUGGUCUGAAGUCAUAUAUGCUGUCUGCAAAAGAGCUCUCAAUUUUAUACAGUGACGAGCCUGAGCAUUGGACAUGGAAAUCCAUCCCAGAAUCAAGGUUUUCAGAGGCGGCGGAGCUGAAAAUGAUCUGCCGGCUAGAGAUUGAAGGGAAAGUGAAACGAGGGAUUUUGUCGCCAAACACCAACUACGGCGUUUAUCUGGUGAUGAACAUAUCGGACGGCGCCUUUGGGCUUGAUUCGAGGCCGUGCGAGAUGUCAGUCAAAGUGGGUGAUCGAGGAGCCGCCGCCGCCGGCAUUGCGUAUUUGCAGGCCGCCGGCGGUGCGGAAGAGCGGCGGCCUUAUAGGAACCGCGUUGGCGUUGAAAUGGCGAAGCCGCAAGGGAUUGAAGGCGGCGAGAGACGAGAUUCACGGCGGAGGAGCGAUGGGUGGAUGGAGGUUGAGCUCGGAGAGUUCUUCAACGGCGGAGAAGACGGCGGCGAUGAGGAGAUUACGAUGAGUUUGUCGGAGGUCAAAGGUUGUCACGUUAAAGGCGGACUUAUCGUACAAGGCAUUGAAAUUAGACCUAAAUUCCGAUCAUAAUUUUAAUCUUUUUUUUUUUUAAUUAUCAUAAACUGUAAUUUUUAAUUAGUCACGAAAAUGAUUGUUUUCAUUC